AUGAAGAAGCUAAUUUUAAUUGUGUUAGGUUUUUCGGCUUUGAGCACUGCUCUACCAGCUCAUGAAACUUUAAAUGUAAAAUUGGAUGAAGGUCUUCGUUACCAGUAUGCCAAAGAUUCUAAUAGACAGAUACAGUUAGCAGACGUCCAGGCGACUUCAGGCGAUACUUAUGAUCCGGCCAGCUUCGAUCCAGAUGUAACCAAUGUAUAUCAUCUCUUUACAAGGACUAACCCAACCAUCAGUCAACCGAUAAUGUACAAAAAUUCAAAUCUACUGCUUCAGUCGAGUUUCAAUAGCAAUCGAAGAACAAUCAUUCUUUUCCAUGGAUCGAUGGGAUCGCCCACAUCAAACUUUGUCAGAGCUGUGGUGCCAGCCCUUCUUUCGGUGGAGGACCUCAACGUCAUCGCUAUUGACUGGACAAUCGGAGCCAACUCCUUGAAUUAUAGACUUGUUAAUUGGAACACCGUGAAAUCGGGACAAGCCGUUGCCAGAUUUAUAGAAUGGCUGAACCAAGAGAGGGGUUCGACGCUCGAACAAUUCCACCUUAUCGGUCACGGCGUUGGUGGGCAUCAAGCCGGCAUCGUUGGCAGGAACUUAAAUGGCCAAAUCAGUUAUAUAACAGGAUUGAAUCCGUCCCUCAUCGGCUGGGUUAAUAACGUUGAUCGUUUGUCUCCAAACGACGCCGUUUACACGGAAGUCCUCCACACCAACUUCAUACAUGGAUAUCUGGGAGACUUGGCUCAAGUGGACUUUUAUUUCAACGGUGCUAUAUCCAUGCCGGGCUGCGAAUCAAACGAAUGCGACCACGAGAUGAGCUACUUAUAUUUUGCUGAAUCAAUUACAUCUGGAGGUUUUACGGGAAGGGAAUGCUUGAAUUACUACGCUGCAUUAUUGAGAAUGUGCGAUUUUCACCCAGGUCGUCUGAUGAUGGGCGGUUUGAUACCUAAAACGGGUAACGCCGGCGUCUACUUCUUAGAAACCAACGCGGAUCCACCAUACUCCCAAGGUUGA